AUGUUCAGCGCUGUUCGUCGAUUUGGUGUUGCCAGUGUCCUUAGGACAUCUGUGCCUCGCACUCUGUCCGCUCGAUGGGCACCACAAUUGUUGAAAUGGCAACCCAAGUCUGCGGCAUCUCCUGCCCUGGUUCGCUCGUUCCAAACAUCCUUCCCUGCCUUCAGCGAAGCCACUGCUACUCGCACAGCCGAAGAGGGUGUUGAGUCAGCUGUGCCAGAAUUUAUCACUGAGUUUGAAGAUCUGAAGACGCAGGGAUUGAUUGAUCCAACCAUCAUUCGCAACAUCGUUGACUCCAAGCGUAUGGGCUUGAAAACCAUGACUGAUAUCCAAAGUCACACCAUAAAUCAGGCACUGAACGGUGAAGAUAUUUUGGCUCAGGCAAAGACCGGAACUGGAAAGACACUUGCUUUCCUCGUCCCGACUAUGCAAAACAUUCUCAACGAUCCUACCGUUACAAAGUCCCUUGGUAACAGCCGUCGCAGCUCUGCCAACGCAUCCGAUAUCCGCGCCAUUAUUAUCUCCCCGACUCGGGAGCUUGCGGAACAGAUUGCAGAGGAGGCGAGGAAGAUUGCAUCCUCAACGGGUCUGGUUGUCCAGACUGCAGUCGGUGGCACCCACAAACGGAGCCACUUGCGGAAUAUUCAGAAUGAAGGCUGCCAUCUCCUGGUCGGCACCCCUGGCCGUAUCCAGGAUAUCUUCUCAGACCCUUCCAGCGGUGUUUCGGCUCCUCGCCUCAACACCUUGAUCUUGGAUGAGGCUGAUCGUCUUUUGGAUGCCGGAUUCUCACAGGAGAUUGCUCAAAUCCAGAAACUGCUUCCGGAUCCUCACAAGGUUGAGCGCCAGACUCUCUUGUUCUCUGCCACUGUUCCCAGUGAGGUGAUGCGGGUGGUGAAGCAGACUAUGAAGAAAGACUUCAAGUUUAUCAAAACUGUUCAGGAAAAUGAGAUUCCUACCCAUUUGCGUGUGCCGCAGAAGAUUGUGGUCAUGAACGGAUACGAAAACUGUCUGCCAUCUGUCAUCCAGAUUGCCCAGGAUUAUAAUGUACGCCGGGCGGAGGAUCCCAGCCUGCGACCAUUCAAGGCCAUUGUCUACUUCAACUGCACUAGUGAAGUUCAGCUUGCCUCUGAGUUGUUCAUGCAGCUUCCCCGUGAUCGAGGCCACACCCUUUUGGGCUCCAUGAAGUUCUACCAAAUUCAUUCGCGUCUCACCCAAAGAGGGCGUACCUGGGCUGCAGACACCUUCCGCGCGUGCAAAGAAGGUAUUCUCUUCUCGUCCGAUGUGACAGCCCGUGGUAUGGAUUUCCCUGAAGUCACCCAUGUUAUUCAGCUUGGUGUUACUCGUGACCGCGAGACUUACAUCCACCGACUGGGCCGUACUGGUCGUGCCAACAAAGAGGGUGAGGGCUGGCUCCUCAUUCACGAGGAUGAAUUCCAAAACGCUCAGCGAAAAUACCGUGACUUGCCCCUCCAAGAGGCUGACUUGGCUGCUGCCACUCAGGAUAUGAGCCAAGACGUUUCAGCUGCCCCUGAAGCCGCAAAGGAGGCUAUCGAGGCAGUCAAGUCAACCAUGGCCGAGCUUCCCACCAACGUUCGGGAGGCUACUUAUCGCUCUAUGUUGGGUACAUUGACCAUGUCCUUCUACAGUAAGCGGGUUGCCAUUGAAGCUCUUAACAACUUCGCCCUGCAUGGAAUGUGUUUGCCCGAACCCCCAAUUGUCAGCCGUAAUAUUGCAAUGAACCUUGGCCUAUCCCGCUACAGCGAAUUGAGAACCGGACAUGUUCCCCGUGAAGAUUCAGGCAGCUUGCGUUCAGGGUCAUCCCCUAGUCGCGAUUUCCGUCGUGCCACCCCAAGUGGUGAUCGUCAGUCCUUCGGUGGACGUCGUGGCGGUUCUUCUUUCGGCGGAAACCGUGAGCGUACUCCGUUUGGCGGUCGCGACAACGGCCCCCGCCGCACUUUCUCUCGUGAUGGACAGCGUGGUGACCGCGGCGGUUUCGGUCGCGGUGAUCGUGGCGAGCGCUCAUUCCGUCCCCGCCAGUCCCAUUUCGACUUUGGUUCUGAAUAA